GUCGCAUACGUUGCACUGUUCUUAAAAUAAUCCGAACAUGCACAAGCGUUGUCACGGGUGAAACACGAAUCGGACACGGAACAUUCUUUCGGAAUUUUUUGGACUGGGGGAAUCUCGCAAGGAGAACUGUUGAAGGUACGUUCGAAAGCAAAUUUCUCAGCUUGUUAUUAUUCCAUUAUAACGAGCCUAAUCGCAAACGCAAUAUUUUAUUAAGGUAUAUGUUACUAGGAAAUGCCCAGUAUUUGUACGGUUUUGAACUGAGAUCAUCUACUACGACCGCCUUUCCUCUUGAUCUCCUAACUCUAAUUAAACAUGGCUCAAAAACCCAUCCUACGUCGGCAUGGUCAGUGCUUUAAAUCGUACCAACAUUUUAGAAAAUUUGCCUGUUAAUUAUUAGGUUUGAAUAUGUAGUAAAAUCCUGGAUCUCGACUAGCCAAGAAUAGUUACGAUUGUGGGCGGCCUCUUAAUUAAUUACCUACCUGCGACAAGUCGUAUGUUCGUCUAACCUCAGCGUUCCGAAACCACAGAUACUGGCUGUCGCCCUGUUGUCUCAUACCAAGUCUAAAUAUCUAAAAAACAGAAGGUCAAAACUUGGUUAAGAUUUAAGACUGUAACUGAUCAUGUAAAAGGAUUUUGAUCCCUUGAAAUGUUCAGUUGUAUCUUACUGUGAACUUUCAACUAAACGCUCUUGCCAUUUCAUCAACUUCUUGUGAGGAGAAAAACGUCCCCUUUCAUACAGUAAUAAUUUCAGUUCAUCAAACAGAUAAGUUUCAAGCCAAGGUGUUUAGAGAGGAAAUGCGUUUAUUAAAUGUUUCGGUUUAUAUCACAACAAAAACACAAUAUGUGGUGUCGUGGCAGUAUUCACCAAAAUAAACAAAGUUAAAGAGUGGCGGAAAAAAAACUGGUCCCAUAAAGCUUUUUUUUAUCGGAUACUUAAAGAUUUGAUGAAUACCUUACACACACAGGUUCAACGUUUGAACAAGCACAGCUAAAGUGAUUUGGGGCUCAGGUUAAGAUUUCUUCCGACUCCAAAAUCAAAAUUCGUUCGUGUUACAUGUAUAACCUUUUCACACACUGAGUGAAUGUGUGAGUGUUUAUCGGUGUUUUGCGAGGUGAAGUUUGUUUGUUUUUUCAAGUUUGAAUUUGACCAUUACUAAAAUAGAAAGAGAGUCACUACUGAACCCUUCGUCGCCGCCUUACCCUUGGAGAGUGUCUGAUCAAAAUUCCAGGGACAGUGACUUCACGAUAUUGCGAAAGAAAAAAAAAGCCCGUAGCAAAAUGACAGCAGUAACUUAUCCCAUUAACCACAAAUGAAUAAUCUAACGGAAGUAUAUUUGGAUAAGCGUUCGAAGUCUUGUCAGGAAAAUCCUUUCCUAUUUGUGAGGUCAGCCAUUCCGAUUAGCCUUUUCACACAUUGCACCACUGUUAUAAACAAUAAACAAAGAACUGCUAAAAAGAGCACAUCUGACUCUUACAUACCAAUUUGAUAAACAAGAUCCACCAUCUUUACUUGGAGACAUUCAGUUUCCUAGUUAUGUUUAAGUAUAUGCUGCUUGGCAUCCAGCGCUCAGGAUUCAGGACUCCAUCAGUAAAAAAUUACCCUUUAUUAAGCCCUAAACACCAAAAUUAAAAUUCUCAUUUGUUCUCCCUAUACGUUUCCUUUUCAAAUAGUGGGGGAAAGUUGAUGAAUCAUCAACCAGUUUCAUCUUGUUGUUUAUGAAGCAUUGAUAUCACAAGAUGAAUUUUGAUGCCGAUCAUUCCUAUGGCUUAAAGGGUUACAUCUUCUCCUAUAACGGAAAAUAUAAAUAAAUGAAUGGUAAACGCGGCUCCCUUAUUACACAUUACAAGUGUAAAGUGACCAACAAUACGCUACGUCGAUCAGUAAUUUUGUGAAAAUGCAAAUCAUAACCCCAACCUAUUUUGAAAUGUUUCUUUUCCUUUUUUUUUUUUAAAUGCCCUCAGCGUAGAUAGGUCACUGCGAUAAGAGUUUUUGUUGGGGACUUAAAAACAGGAACACAGGAUCAACUUUAUUUAACCCGAAAGGUAUCGAUUUCAACCGAGAUUUCAAUGUUAACUUAACAUACACAUUGCAUAUACAUUUCAACUUCCUUGUGGGCAGAUGCACAUUGAUCACGUGAUCUCGGGUUUUGUUCGUUAACAUGUCACAUGAAAAAAUACAGAUAAGUACAAAACAACAAAGCGAAUAAUAACUACAGUCAACUCUCUACAACUCAGGCCACCCUUGAUCCCGUUAAGACUAGCCGUAAUUGAUUUCAGGGUGGGGUCCGCCUGACAAAAUCUAAGUGUCCAAAAUCCAAAUCUAAGUGUUCUCUUUGGAGAAGUGUCUACCUUAUAGAAAGUCACAGAAAAUAGUUGGAGAACGGCAUGGAGAGCAACGCUGGGUGUCCGUUUUAGGAAGGUGUUUGCCUUAUAGAGAGUUAAAGAAAAUGACUGGAGAACAGUAGGGACCGACUAUAGGUGUCCGUUUUAGGAAGGUGUUCGCCUUAUUGCGAGCAGAGUCAAAGAAAAUAACUGAAGAAUGGCAAGAAGCAACUCUAGCUAGGUGUCCGUUUUAGGAAGGUAUCUCCCUUGGGAAGUCACAGAAAAUAAUUGGAGACGACAGGAACCAACUCUAGAUGUCCGUUUUAGGAAGGUGUCUGACGUGUAGAAAGUCAAAGAAAAUGACUGGACAUGCUGGUGACGGUAAAGAACGGUGUCUGCCUUAUUGAGGCCAAAUUAUCUGGAGAACGGCAAGAAUCGUCUCUAGGUGUCCGUUUUAGGCAGGUGCCUGCCGUGUAGAAAGUUAAAGAAUAUGAUAGAAGAACGGCAGGGACCAACUCUUCAUGUCCGUUCUUAGCGAGAUGUUUGCCUUAAAGUCGGUGAAAGAAAACAGCUGGAAAACGUCAGGAACCAACCCUAGGUGUCCAUUUUUGGGAGACGUCUUGGUCAACAAAUACCCAACAAAAGAACGAGGCCAAUAUAAAGAGCCAAAAAGAUAACUUUUCCCCGCGGGACCAACGCAGGACAUCCCUAGAGGGCAAGAUGGGGCAUUCAUGCCCCCUUGAGUAGCCGCAAACGCAGGAUUCACUUUAUCUGGCUUGCUAAUGGUUUCAGCCGUAUAAUAAAAGUUCAAAUUAAAGGUGAUAGCAACUGGCAAAAACGUUUUCACUAAGCUGCAGUUGCAUAAUAGGAAGCUAGAAAGGCGCACGCCACGACAAAGUUAAAGCAAGGGGCACACAUACACCAACCCACGGCCUGGCCAGUACCUAACGUAUGCGCAAGCCAUUUCACCCGCGCAGUUGCAGCUAUGACAGCUGUUUUGCCCUUAUUGGGGCUCAUCAGCAUGCACGGCAUACCCGUCGGGUCUAUGAACGGUUGAACCCGUGUCUCAAAGACCCUUUACUGCCGGGACGAGUGCAAAACACUCCUUUAAGAGCCAGCGAAAUGAAAACCAAGUAAAAGGCCGACAAUAUUGAACCAGCGACCGUUUUCAUCGGACAUGUAAACGAAAGACAAAUCUUAUAACAACGAACUAUAAAGGUUUUUGCAUCAGACGAGAGGAUGAAAAGGUUCGUUUGUAUUAACCAUCUUAGUUUUUGACAUUCUCUAGCUUUUUACUAACUGGUUUAGGGAAACAAAGAUAUCUUAGUGUCUGUUAAGACGAUUUUUCGUAGUAAUUUCCAUCGUCGGAUGUGAUGAAACAGGCGAUUCAUAGAAAAGUAUCUCUAAUAUGAAAUUGGUACCCCCAGUUACAUUCUUUUAGAUAUCGUAUGAUGAAUCAGUGUUUUUCUACGCUAGAUUUUAUCGGCAUUCUUCACCUGACUCGUUAAGAUUCUCGUCAAUUGCGAUAUAUAAAAGAAUAACAAUAACCACGCUUGCCUGUCGUCUUCGUCCAAUAAAGCUCAUCCAUUACAAAUGGGUUUAUCAGUUUUAUUCUAGGAUUACGAGAUUAACUUAUCUGUUAACUCAAAUCUAAUUACUCGGUGGGCUUCAUUGCAUCACGAGUUUGCUGCAGGAAGCUAGCGGAGUUAGUGUUAUCUGUGCUAUCGAAGCUCGCACAACGUGAACUCGCCUGCACAUUGAAGGUAUGUUGCAUGGUGUAGAGAUGUAUUAGCACUAGAGUUUGGUAAAUUGUUUGAAGUUGUUUUGAGAUAGAAAUUUCGGUAUAAAAACAUCAGUUUAGGCUUGUGGGUGGAGUAUAUCUCUGCAUUGCCCACAGCACUAGCCGCCGUGGGAUAUCCCUGUUUCUCCUUAGGAACUUUUCGCCCAAUUUAGUAAAGCCAGUGUCGCACCUAAAGGCAAAAGAUAAAUAUUCUAUAAGGGUACUAUAUUUAGAAUUAAAGUGUGAGACAUGUAGAGCAGUUCUGUUAAAUUAUAAAUGUGCGUAUGUCAGGGAGCUUUCUCGUGAGCAGAACCUUGGUAAUCAGACCCUGCGAUGUUUACUCUCGGCCCCCCAUGCGGUUUUUUUUGUAAGGAAGUCAUUUUAGAAAUGCACGGCAGUAGAAUUUGCAAAUAUUGGCUCGAAAAUAAGUAUCAAUUUGUUUGUGAUUUGAAAACAGUAAUGAUGUCUUUCUACCUGGUCAUAAAUGAGGUUAAAAACAAUUAGCAAUACUCUGCAAUGGGUAAACAGGCCUAUCGCAGUCAGGUCUACGCAAGAACGCUUGUUGAGUACCCUGAAAUAACAGACAUUUUUGAAAUCCAAAUCUUUUCUGAGAUACUGCAAUUUUUUUCUAUAAGCGCAACUGUUAUCUCUUACCCUCACAUUUGAAUGAUUUUUAAGAUUUUAUAAGUUAAAUUGUGCCAUUUUUUAUGAUCGGCGAUUUAGUUUUCUAGUAGCAGUAGAUGUGAUAUGUGGGCUCUACAUUUUUGCACCGAUCCAUAUGUAAACAAAACAAAUUCAGAUCCUUUUUAAAGGUUAUCUGCGACAAUCCACAUAAAAUCUUGAGUUUCAGUGAUCUUGGGCUACAGUUUUAGAAAUAAAAAUCGAUCAAGAGCAAUUGCUUCUGGUUUCAAUCCAAAUUGUUGUCAAUCGGAAGGAGUUUGCGGUAACUUUGAUACUGAGGUUGAGCAACUCUCAGUCUCUAAUGUGCAUUGCAUCUGUAUUCAGAAAUGUUACGUAAAAGCCCAAAAGGUUCAACACAGAGUGUAUCAGUCGUUCUUAAACUGAUCCUGGAUUAUACAAAUAAAACACAAGAGAGUGGUUUUGACCUUACAGGGCUUUUCAAGCGAUUGCCAUAAACGAGAGCUACAGCUCAGACAACAAUCAGAAUGAACACACAACUUAAUCGAAAAGGGCGUACUUGAUAAGCACCCAAGGUUGGUAGCUAAAUUGUGAACCUGAAUAAAUCAUUGUCAACCUGAAACCUUCAGUUGUUUUUGCUGCUGCUGUUGUUUCCGGCAUUUAUUUAUUUUAUUUUUAUUUUUUUCUCUAUUGUUUGCGGCAGUUGUACUUAAGAUAUGCAUUAGAAGGUCGACUGUAUACUUUCCGCACAACUUUUCUUUUUACCCCCGUUUUUGGUCACAAAAAGGCAAAAUGAUUUGACUGUAUCGCAAUCAUGUGAAAAAAAUCUUCAAACAUGCUUUCACUUACAUUCACGAGUUAUAACUUUGAAUUGACCUUUUAAAAUGUCUAGAAAUAAGGUCUCAAUCACUAACCUAAUUUCACGAGAUCAAGAGGCAUUUUCAGUUUUGUAGGAAUUUUACUCCAUUUUAACAUUGCUUUGAAUGGUACCAUUCUUGAUGAUUUCUGCCUAUGUCGACCAAAAAACAGUCCGCUGAUCUCAUUUUUGAAACGUCAAGAGUGCUGUUGCGUCAGAGCGGUGCCUUUAUGUAGUUGAGUCACUUGAGAAUUUCAGAUGGGUGCAACUAAUGAAGUCAAAAAUCAAACUCUUUAAAUACGUUAGAUGACUGGAAUUGCGCCGAAGUGUCCGUUUAGAGUUAAUCCUUUCGAGUUAUCAAAGGACCGUCAAACAGUUUAAUCGAGUGUUUUGAUUCCAGCACGUCUGAACUUGACUAUCCGGCCUUUCCCACCCCUUCUUUGAACUGUUUUGUAGGCUGGGUAUUGCUGUGAAGUGCAAUUAGCUACCGCACGCCGUAAUUAAGAUACCGUUUCGCCAGUUUUAGAGGGAGGUACCCCUAGUACUUUCGUAAGAGCCAAUUUAAUGUUAGUACGCCGAGAUUCCGAGUAUUUCCUUAUUUCAAGAUGGUAAACGGCAGUGAACAGAAGUGAAAGUACAUUCCUACAGCUUAGACAACAACCAACAGUUCAACUGUUUAUUCGGCGACAGUGAAGAAUCUACACAAACAGCAGUCGUUUUAACCCCAACAGUCUGGCACAAGUGGCCCAGUGUAGCUACUGCAAAUUACGACUAGUUAGGCUGUGUAUUAUAACCUUCCUUCAGUAUCCCUAAUUGGACAGUGUUGUACAGACAAAGAAAGAUCGUGCAUGAUCAAGAACAUGGUUAUCGAACCUGUAAUUACACAACUAGGACUAUGACACAGGGACCGGGAAAGAGUGCUUCAAAUGAUUUCCGGCCAUUUAAAAAUUACACAGACUUAAAAGACACUCUUAAAACGUUAAAAAGGUAUCGAAAUGAGGUUUCAUACACCAUCAACAUUGAAAACGUCGGGUACAUAAACGUCGGGUACAUGAUCAAGAACAUGGUUAUCGAACCUGUAAUUACACAACUAGGACUAUGACACAGGGACCGGGAAAGAGUGCUUCAAAUGAUUUCCGGCCAUUUAAAAAUUACACAGACUUAAAAGACACUCUUAAAACGUUAAAAAGGUAUCGAAAUGAGGUUUCAUACACCAUCAACAUUGAAAACGUCGGGUACAUAAACUCUUGCUCUGCGAACAGAUAAAUCUUAGGCGGUUUUUCUUCUUUGUUGUGAGAAGAGAUUUUAUGUAAGAUCUUCGAAUGGAAUGCUAAGAUUUAUUUCUCUGAUAAGCAUCUCAUAGACCUCAUAGCCCAUGUUUGAUAUAACUUUGUAAAAUCACUUUUACAUUCUUUGCCCUUGAUCAAGUUACUUGAUAGAACGAUAUACCGAGUCAGAGAAGCGUUUAUCCAAAGGUAGUGCCACGGACGCGUAGUUCUGCAAAUAAAGUACAACCAAACUUGCUGUGCGGCCGUUUCAAUAUUUAACGCAUUAUAAUGCAUCUGGAAAUUUGUAAGACUCGGAAAUUCAACAUGGGAUUUUUUGGGGGUUAGUUUUCAGCCCAGGCAUUUUUUUUUAGGUUUUGUUGGAAGCCCUAAGGAUUUUUGGGGGUUUUGAUUUUUGCCCCCACUCGAUCAUCCCCUUCAUUUGAAAUCCGGAGUACGCACCGUAAGUCGUCGCAUACAUACGACAAAGCAGGAUGGCAGGGUGUUUUGUCACUGAUGCGAUAACAUAUAGUUGAAGAGGUAGGCAGUUCGACUUAGUCAGGGAUGACAAAGAUAAUGGGAAGUGGUCUAUUAAAGGGGCGGAGGGCUACUUCCAAUGAUGGAUGAAAAACAACUGACUGAACUAAAACUAGUAACCGCCAGUCAGUAGAUCACUUGACGUGGAUAGAUAGGCAUAUCAACAAAUAGAUGGAUCGGCAGAUUAGAUCGAAAGAAUAGUUAGAUCAGUGGAAUUGAAGCAAUGGAUCGUUGGAUCGAUAGAUCCGAUCGACAGGAUAGUUAGAUCAGUAAGAACAAUGGAUCGUUGGAUCGAUAAAUCGGAUCGAUAGGAUAGUUACAUCAGUGGGAGCAAUGGGUCGAUGUACCACUGGGAACAAUGGAUCGAUGCAUCAGUAGAUAGGAUCGCCGGAUAGGAUAGUUAGGACAGUGAAAGCAAUGAACCGAUACAUCAGUAGAUCAGAUCGAUAGGAGAGCUAGAUCGGUAAAAGCAAUGGAUCGAUGGAUCGGUAAAUCGGAUUGUUAAAGUAGUUAGAUCAGUGGCAACAAUGGAUCGUUGCAUCGGUAGAUAGGAUCGAUAGGACAGUUAGGUCAGUGGAAGUAAUGAAUCGAUAGAUCGGUAGAUCAGAUCGAUGGGAUAGUUAGAUCGGCUGUAGCAAUGGAUCUGUGGAUCGGUAAAUCGUUAGAAUAGUUAGAUCAGUAAGAACAAUGGAUCCAUAAAUCGGAUCGAUAAGAUAGUUAGAUCAGUGGGAACAAUGGAUCUGUAGAUGGGAUCGAUAGGACGGUUAAAUCAGCGAGAGCAACGGAUCCUUGGAACGACACAUCGGAUUGAUAGGAUGGUCAGAUCAGUGAGAGCAAUGGAUCCUUGGAUCGAUAGAUCGGAUCAAUAGGAUAGUUAAAUCAGUGAGAGCAAUGGAUCGUUGGAUUGAUAGAUCGGAUCAAUAGGAUACUUCAGUAGGUGCUAUGGAUCGUUGGAUUUCGUAAAAUGCCUCGUUUGGCUCAUAAAGCGCCUGUUAUGCAGGCUAGGUAGAUCAAUAGGAUAGUUAAUUCAGUGGGAAUAAUGGAUUGGCAGAUCGGAUCGAAAGGAUGGUUAGAUCACUGGGAGCAAUGGAUCGUUGGAUCGGUAGAUCUCAUCGAUAUAGGAUAGUUAGAUCAGUGUGAGCAAUGGAUCUUUUGAUCGGUAGAUCGAUAGACCGGAUCGAUAAGAUAGUUAAGAUCAGUGGGAAGAAUGAAUCGGAAGAUCGGAUCGAUAGGAUAGUUACAUUAGUGGGCGCAAAAAAAAAGAUGGAUUAGUUGAUCGGAUCGAUAUAGAUUCGGGUGGGUUGGAGGAUCAGUGAAUUGAGGGAGUUUGGCUAGAUCGAUAAAUCGAUGUAGAUCGAUAGAUCGAUGGGUCAGUGUCAGUAGAUUUCAAGACGUCGAUGGAAAUGUAGCUUGGAUCGACAGAUUAGUUGACCAUAUCGAUAGUUCCCGGUGAUCGCUAAAGGGUCGACGGAUCAGUAAACGGAAUGGAAGGCCAGGUCAAUGGAUCUACACAGAGAUUCACCAGUUCCAGGCGUUCGGAUAGUGCGUGGCGAGGGGCGCGAAAUGGAGGGUGGAUGGGGCAAAACCGGAAGAAAGGAGGAUUUCCUUCGCACCCUGAUCAAGUAAAAGAAACAGUUUUCCUGGGAGUAAUCAUGGAUGAAAAUUUAAAUUGGAAAUCUGAAAUCUCACAUGUCGCCACUAAAGUUUCUAAAUGCACAGGAAUUAUUCGUAAAUCCAGUUUCUAUUUAUCCACGAAAACCUUACGAACACUAUAUUUUUUUCUAGUCUAUCCAUACCUUUUUUACUGCAACUUAGUUUGGGCCUCUACUUACAGAACUAACCUUAUUCGUCUUGAGAUUUUACAGAAACGAGUGAUCAGAACUAUAGCUAAAACCACUUUCGAUGCACAUACUGAUCCAAUCUUUCAAAAUCUUGGUAUCUUAAAAUUUCCUGAUAUAUACUUAAUACAACUAGGCUUAUUCAUGUACUCCUAUCAAAACCAUACUCUACCUUUAAAAUUUCAUUGUAAAUUUACCUUACAAAGUCAAAUUCAUUCGUAUAAUACAAGAAACUCGUGUAAAUUUCGUCUGCCUUUCUGUCGUACUCGAACCAAGCAAUUUUCCGUUUUUUAUCAAGGACCUAAAUUUUACAACACCUUAAACACCAACAUCAUCAACGCUUCCUCACCUUUCUCCUUUAAAAGAGCACUUAAGGCAUUUAUUUGUAAUAAUUAUUAGUAUACUUCAACAAAAAUCUUGGGAAAAAGCCUUUUAAUAUUCAACAUUUGUACAUGUAAACUUCCGUAAUAUUGAUUAGUUUAAUUUUUCACCUGAUAUUAUAUUGUACCCGUCGCCGUAAUUUUUAUGCCAUAUUCGAAAAAUUGUAAUUGAGGAGGCCUAAUUAACAUAAGCUCUAUAGUUUCUUUUAGGCCUCCUCGCCAUCUCUUCCUACAUUUUUUUUUUCUUUUGGCAUCUUUAAGUAAUUAUUGUAAUUGUGUGGCAAAUAAAUAAAAUACCUAAAUACCUAAAUACCACCCUCUCCAUACCCCCACCCCCUUCGCUGUGGUUUCCUGCUCGCCUUUCAAGAGUUGUCCUCACUAACUGAACGCCUUGAACAGGCUGCACAGAUAUCGACGGGUGGGUACUGCGGCCCUACGGGUAGAAUCAAUGGAUCAAUAGCUAGAGUAGUGCUUCAAUUGUAUCCAUGGAUCUAUGACAUUCGACCAUGUAUUCAAUUUGUAUUCUGAAAGAGCCUUUUUUACAAAAAUAGACAAUUACAGUUUCUCGUUAUUAAAAAGUGGCUCUCGCAUCAUGCUCUGUGAGCAUGCUAAGACUUGAACACUUUCGACUGCUUUCUCUAACUCAAAUUGUUGCUUUACCUUUUUAUGGCAUAAAUUAUGACCUUACGACUGUUACCGAGUAUCCUUGUUUAUCUUCACAGAUAUAUUUCACUAUACAUAGUUGGGACAACCGAGAUAUCUGAAACUUUAGGGUUCUUUCUAGCCUCCCCACAGACGUCCUUUGGGGUUCGUUUGUCACGCAUUCAUUUCUCCCCCACGUGGGGGAGAAAUGAAUGCGUGACAAACGAACCCCAAAGGACGUCUGCGGGGAGGCUAGGUUCUUUCUCGAUUCAUUUACACACUAUUUUGACACGAGGCCAUGUCAUUAUUCCUCCGCGCACAUCGAUCCUCCCCUGCCUUUCCUAAGAAGUUCCGUCUGAUAAACGUCACCAUCGUGAAAUUAACAUUUUUCGGUUUUCCUCGGUGUAGUCAUUUUCCUGCGUUGCAAACUUCUCGGACGCCUUAAAAUUUCUAAACGUAAAAUCCAUUAAUGCAACCGUCCACAAUGGGUUCAGGUUUGCACAUUUUGCUAGCUUGCUAAAAUCCUAAAUGCUAAAAGUUCAGUACAGCUCUAGACAACUCGAGAUUGGAAUAGCGUACCAAAUACUCCGUCAAGCUCGACCCUUUUUGCCCGUCUUAUUAAUGCAGCUCUCCUUAUCAGAAAUGGGAUGUAGCGAGGAUAAACUUAUCGCCACUUAUAGCCGGAUAUGCACUGAACACCUAGACCCCACACGUGUCAGUCAAAGAACUCAUACAUACGAAUUCACCAUCGUGAAUUGUCUUCAGUUUUAAAAUUUGAUCGUGUUUUAAGAUUUCUCUAUAAUAGCUCUAGCUUACUGAAAUGUCAGGGCGGACUUUUAGCUGGGUUGAUCCCGAUAAACGCAACUAAAACCACCAGGACUGCUAAGAAUUCUUCCGGAAGUAUACAUUAGUGACAUUUACGACCUCAGAGGGACUUCUAACGUUUCACACAGUCUUGUCCUCUUCUAUGCUUGUUCUUGAGCUGAUCUCAACGAUUGACAUUUGAAAGUGAUCUCUUUCCACAACUUACUGUAUAAAACAAUCGUCAUUUGAAAACAAAAUCUUUACAAGGAACAAAGAUGAACAAUGUUUAACACCGGACAUAUAUUAAUGGGAUUUAUGUACAGGAAUCAGUAUAAGGUAUUUCUUCAGCGUUUAACAACAUACUACUGCUAAUAUUUCAUUAUUGGUGCUAUUGUGAGCGCCCUAUUGUUUACAGUUUCUUCUCUCCAGUUGUAACAUUUGUUUAUGAUUAUUAAUGGCCCAUCUACGGUGAACCUAAUACUUUGUUACGUAUUAGUUUUCACGGAAAUGUUCUCUACCCAUUUCAUGGCUUGGCCCCCGAAGAAAGUCAAACGUGGAACAUACGUUAAAUAUUCAACCCAGUCUCAAAAUGGUGCCGGUCCAGUGAGUUGUAUACUUACAGAUAUAUUUGGCUAAAGAAGCUCGAUCAGCGAGAAAUGGUCCCAAAGUCUGGCUUCAUUGUACACACAUAAAGAAGAAAACGGAAGAUAUCAACGGCAACAUUUUUAUCGAAGCCUCAUGUAAUAGUUCUUAUUUGGCGGUCUGGUUCAGAAUCACUUCGUUAUCUUUUAGAAUCAAAUCCUUGAAGGAUCUCCAAAGGGCUUCUUCAAUCCCAUCAUCCGAAACAAAAUUUUCGCUCUAUCCCGUAAUCCCGAUGGUUAUUUUCGGCAUCUUGCAUCUCGUGCAUACUUUCAAUCCCGAAUCUCGCCCAUUUUACUUCAAGAUCCGGAUACAGGCCUUCAAAUACGGCAGAUCCCGCAUCCCGAAAAUCCUACCGGGGACCGCCUUCUCUGGUAGUAAAAGUUGUUACAAGUGCAUGGAUAUUCUGCACAGAGAGCUCCCUUUAUUCGUUUUGUCGCCAAAAGCAGUUGGUUUGACUAGCUAAGGGAACUCAAAGUUAUAACGGGCUAUUUAAGGCUAGUUUCCUUCCAACAAUCUUAACCUCAGUUCCCCCUUUACGAGCCAAACAGAAUUACAGAAAUUUAGAGAAAUCCAUUAAUCGCGGUCAAUUCAGACCAAUACAGCUCAACAGUAAAAUCGUUUGGGUGGGCAGUGUUAGUGCAUUAUAUAUAUACUAAUAAGAGACCGACCGGAACUAUUGAACAAUAAUCCCAUACUCAUAUCUCAGCUCUAGGUACUAACUCCUAGACCGCAAGUCAUAGUGACCCACCCUGAGAUCCAAAAUACAGCUUGAAAAGUAGUUCUUGAACGAUUUGGAAUUAAACUAACUGCCCGGCAUCUGGGAAGGGCUUAAAUAGCCAAAAAUUGAACGGCAGUCAGAAUAUUUUGUAUAAUUUCUGGCUAAUCCCUUUUUCCUAUCUUUAGUUAGUAUUACUUAGCAAUCAGAAAAACAAUGGUGGCUUUGCUCUACGAAGUUUUGCGUGACUUCGUGACUUGACUUUUCGUACUCGUCAGGAAAUUCCGAACAUAAGUCCCUUUCCGCUGUUGAAAUAUAGCCGGGCAUAAAUCAGCCUACUGAAAAAUCGUGGAUUCAAAUACACUGUCAUCGAAAUGACGCUCCUGAACCUGCCCGGGGUCAGCAUAACACAGCGUGUGCGUACAUGUACGGAUUAUUAAAAGAUGAAGGAAGAGAGAUCGAAAAGAUCUGUAGAAGGAAACAAGAACACAUGAACCUUUUGAGGCCAGUUUUUCUCUGGCCAGUGAUGCUGUACUUAAGACUCUGAAGACUUCUUCAAUGACUGACUUUUCGAGACUUUCGUUGCUCCUUUUUGUGACUGUGUUGCUAAAAAAACUCGACUUGGGAAAAGGUCUGUCCUUUACACGGCCGUUCAAAUAGAUAGACUUAUGUGCCCCACAACUGAAGCCUGAACAAGUCGCUGUUGGAACUGACGAGACGGUAUUUUAUUCAGAAGUAAGAGAGAAGGUAUCUGCUGGUUUGCCACUCUAACUUUCAAAUCAGUGAACGAAAUCGUGUGGUGUUACCAUUUAAAUGAAAUCUCUUUGGUAGAUUUUUGUUGCCCAGCACAACUGCACUAUCCAGUUAUUUCUUAACUUUUUUUUUACAAUUUCUUUUUCUGCAGUUUUUCAUUGGCCUGUGCCGGGUAUUCGGGAGUGAUAGGGUUUCAAGUACCAAAGCAGUGCUAAACAGAACAUUAAAAAAAAUUUACUGUCUGUUUAUCAUCUUUUUAGUAGCUAGUUAAACUAGUAGUUAAACUAGUAGUAUCGAUAUAGUGGCUAAGGCCUGCCUGGAAAUAUCUUUUUUUCUCUCCACUUAAAAUUGUAGUUGUCCAACAGCCCCGAGAUCGACGUCAGUUUUUCUCCAGGGACUCCUGCUUUUCCCUCUUGACAAAAAUCAACCCUUAUGAACACCUUUUAAGCGAUUUCUUUAAUACGAGCUCCUUAAGAGGAGGUUUGAGGUCUUUGAGGGUAAACAAAUUUAUGUUACGUUACAUUUCCAGCACUAAAGUACUGACUGCUACUAUCUGUAACUUACAUAAGUGCCGAUGACAAAUAAAGAAGAUACAGACUCACAAAAAAAGGAAAGAUUCUCGACUCCCAUGUCGCCAACUCAAUUGAUAAAUUUAGCCUCAAGUAACAGUACCAGAGAGCGUGACAAACAGAAAUAGCAUGGUUUCCGUUACGCAUAAUCUUUCCAUUCAUUCCAAGAAAGAAAUUGAAUAUCUAAAGAAAACCCUCUCGAACAAAACAAUUUAACGUUACUUAAGCAACAUUGACGUAAAGGAGAGGUAAAGGAGUAAUUAAUGGAUUAGGAAUCAUGCGGGUUCUCUGUACAUUUAUGGGUGGGCGUGUACUGCAAGCAGGCGGCCGGAUGCCGUAAUCUAUAUAUCAAAUUAUAUUCAGCUGGAAAUACCCUCUACCCUCUUCUAGACUGGGCACUGAAAUUCCCUGACGUAGCUCAUACUUUCUUUGAACCAAAAAGUCCAAUCUUCAAUUAGCGGCAAUGAUCGAUUUUUACUGAAAUGAUUCCCUUUUCUGCACCAAAAGCAAUCUGAUUUUGCUAUACCCUAUCCCAGACUAAACUUCAUAAAGUCAUAAAAACCCCUUCAAGCUUGUACGUAUAGUCAGUCUAUACAUGACAGUAACCCCGCCCCAAUCCACCAAACCUAAAGUCAUGCAUGCAGUCUUUCUUUACGUGUCUGUUAGACAGUAUUUUAAGACGAUUUUGAAAGGUCUGGUUGAGGUGAACUAUCAGUUUUAAAAUUAAUUACGUUACCGGUACUUUUGAUUCAGUUUCAGCUUACAUUUUUUCGUCAGUGUCACUUACCUGCUGUAGAAACGCCAAUUUUGAUUAAUUACAAGUUGACCCUCUUAAAACUUUUCAUUACAGGUUACACUGACACGCAAUAUUUAGAUUCACGAUAGCCACCCACGAUCUAAUUGCCGAAUUGAUCAAAUCAGCAAAAAUCGCAGAAUUUAAUAUCCAUAACACUGAAAAAUAAACAUGGGUACCAAACGAAACUGCACCACCACCCUGAGGUCUUUGAUAAGGCAACAGCACUCCAUUUCGUAAUCAUUUCCCUCAUUUAAUACUCUCAUCAAUAUCACAAUCACUUCAUUUUGUGGACCAGUGGUAUAAAUGAUGAAUAUCACUCGUAUUUCUUGCCGAAUAUAGCUGACAGGGUUCCUGAUCAAUGAUUCUGGAGGACCAAAAGGAAAUAAAAACUCCCAGUAGUUUCCUUAUGUUUAUUAAGGUUUUUGAUUCUAGAAAGUAAAACCAUUUUGUCGUGAUGUUUGGUGUGCUUUGUAUGGUGCAAUAGUGACGUACAUGUUUUUUUCUGGAUAAUGACACAGUAAAGGCAUGUCAGUGUACUGUAAGUUAUCAAUAAUCUCGUGUCUUUUGCCUUUUUCAUCGUCCCUCGCUUCAUAGCGAUUGCCGUACCCGCGCGCUUGCUAUAUAUAAAAGAAAGAAAAGAAGGGACUGACCCCCGUAAGACAAAGUAGUUUUUUUACCAUAAUUGUGGCAUGUAAUUUAUCAAAAUUGAAACAGUGAAUGAAACCUAAGAAAACCCGCUAAAAAUUUUCAACUGAGGCAUAAAAAACGCAGCAAACUCACAAAAGAAGGCGCGGAAGGACAAACUUUAACAUUAAAACGGAUUGCAAACGUAGUUUUUUAAAACUAAUGUUUGAUAAAAUGCUUGUCUUUUUUAAGAAACCUUUCUGUCUUGCAGAAUUUCCACUAACAACAGAUGCACACUGAACCGGGCCGUAUCACUCCGUCAAAGCUGUCAAGAUGGCCGCCACAGAAAAGGCGUAGAAAGCGAAAAAAGACCAAACAAACGUCGUCCAUACUCAGGUAAACGAGCUAAUUAAAUUUAUUGAUUACUUUACGCACAACAGCAAAAUAAAAAAAACAACAUUAUUAUUACUAUGGUGUACCAACAGCACUUUUUGAUGCUAACUUCAUAUAUUUUGAAAACAGGUAGACAUUGUUUGCUUAUUGUUGUCAUUGAUCAGGUAGUUAUUAGGAAAGUUAAAAAAUUUCCAAUUACUACCCUCUGAUGAGGUUUGUUUUUUCAGCAGCUGGACUGUAGAAAGAGGCACUUUUCCCAAGGGGGAGGGGGAGACUGAGGGGGGAGGGGAAGGGGCUGGUAAGGUUUUCCAUUGGCAAGCACAUAUUGCCCCAAGGAAGGGAAUCCAGGACAGUCUUGGAUUCUGGAUUCCGCACUGUGGAUUCCGGAUUCCAGGUACCGGAUUCUGGUAUUUGUCAGUAGAACUUGGAUUCUGAAUUCCAAUAGUUAGUGGGAUUCCAGAUUCCUUGAGCUGUAUUCCGGAUUCCAAAACCCGGGAUUCCAGAUUCCAUGAGCAAAAUAUUCCCGGAUUCCAGAUUCCACGAGUGUAAAUUUCCUGGAAUCUGGAUUCCCUUACACUGGGCGAGACAUAAAAUAAACUUACAACACUGUGGGAAUGAAGUGAGUUCAUUGGCUAUUUUUGUAUGCAAACCCAAAUCGCACCAGCUUUUAACCUGUUCCAGGCAUUCAGACUGGUGGGGACAGUGCAAAGAAAAGUUAACUAGAUACAACAGUGAGGGGGGACAGUGGUGUGUCGAGAAAAAAGGGGGAAUGAAUCAGGACCAUCAGAAUGGCAUGCAAUGUAGUUAUGGUUUAAUGCAAAAUGUCUUCUCUAGAACAGAAUGCAUGGUAUAAUAGUAAAAGAAUUCAUGCAGUUGCAAAAAGAGAAGCCCGGAAAAAUUCAGGCUUGCUGGUAUUUGAACCUGGCCUCAGCAAUACCAGAGCAGCCCUCUAACCAAUUGAGCUAGCAAGCCAAAGGGGAGAUCGUCAUUUAAUUGGCUUGUAACAUACCCGGGAAAGAUGAAGAUAAAAAUAUUAAUAAUGAAUAUAUAGAAUUUCAUAUAUCUGAACUGAGAUGAAGAAACAAAUGCAGAGAACAUCAUCACAGUUUAAUAAGCAACUUAGAAUGCAUGAAGUGAAAAUUCACUUGACUAUUGAAUUAAUAACUCUGUGUAGUCCAGGCUCUGAGAGACUCCUAACGUCAAAGUCAAGAGUCAAGGUUGUCCCCUUAAGUCUCAAAAUUAAACCAUUUAAUCAAUUCCCUUUCUUUAAUGAUCGCUUGGAAGUUAUUAAAACAAUGUUGGCUGUUUGGCCAGGAAUUGUAUCGAAAACCAAGAAGUGAAGUGACCGGCACCAAUUCAUGGUAAUUACACUACACUCAAGUGGCUGAUACCAGUAUUCAGUACUAGAUAAACCUUAAACGUUGAUGGACAACACCACUUCUUGUUAGGUAAAUACAACGUAUAAAACAAAAUGGAUUGCAUACACGCGCUCAGUUAUUGUUGGUCAUUGUUAAACACUUCAUGAUCAUUAACUUAAUGUAAAUGGUCACCACAAAAACUGGAUAAUCUGACGAACACAGCUCUCUAUUUAGCUCUAUGAGUCUAUGAUAGACCUAUUCGGCUAACUCAAUGUUGUACCCAAUUCAAACUCUUUGGGGAUAAAACUUUUUGUUUCAGGAAUUUCCAUACAUUUAAAUGUGAAUGCCACAUUAUAAUCCCGAGGGGGGGAGGGUACUGCCAUAUAUGGGCUAUAUAGGUAUGUGCCGCUGUGAAGGGUAUGGUUUUCAAGCAGUUUACUCUAGGAUAGGGUAUAUAAAUCAGAGCGUUUGGCUCUAGAGUAGGGUAUCAUUUUUCAGGAAACCGAUCAGUUGGUUGAAGAUUUUAUCUAGACUAGGUACACAGCUACUCUUGGAUAGGGGGAUUUGGGGAGUUUACUCUAGUAUAGGGUAGCAAAAUUCAGCUGAACUUGCUCUGGUAAAGGUUAAGGGUUCCAGGCUCCCAGCGGCACAUCCCCACCCAGAAAUUCCUAAAGUGCCGCCCCCGGGAUUAUAAUGCACAUACAGAACACAAAGAAUCUUAACCCCGGGAGAUUUGAAUUGGGUACAACAUUGAGUUAGCCGAAUAGGUCUAUUAAAAGUUAUAAAACAAGUCCUUGAGAGGACUUUAAGCUUAAACAACAUGAGUCGACUUCGAUCAAUAAUCAGCAUGCUAGCAUGCCAUAUAAAUCAGAUGCCGUAUGAUAAACAUUUUUUUUCGUAAAGGGGAUUUCAGGGCCGCUUUAGUUUCUCCUUUUUACGCAAGAAAGCCUUACCUACAAAUAAAAUUUAAAACAAAUGAAUGAAAGACAAACUUACUAUACCUGCCAACUCUCACGCCUAAGGCGUGAGUCUCACGCCUGCGGGUUGAAAACUUCGAUCUCACGCCGGCUCACGCCUGCGGGCCAAUUUCUCACGCCUGAUUGAAGAAUGUGAGUUGUUACCGUCUUGCUUGACACAAUUUCCAAAAAUAUGUUAACUCAGACCCAUGUUAGGAACGAAAACCAUGUGUAAAUGAAUAAAUAACAAUUACCUUCCUCGCGAUCUCUGAUUUUGUGGAUAAGCGUUUUCUCGAUAACUUCGCCUUCGGCAGACUUCGGACGUCUUCGGACUUCUUCGGAAGACUUCGGACUUCUUCGGGAAUCUUCGGAAAUGAUCGUGUCGUCUGCAAAAAUCCCAGAACUCCCAGGAUAAAACUCUCACGCUUAUAUCUCAGAAAAAGUUGGCAGGUAUAACUUACGUGACUGCAGGGGCGCUCCAAUUAAGUUUGCCGCCAUUUUGAAUUGACUCUGACAGCUGGGCGCUGGGCGAGGUCUGGAGCCGAGAGUAAAUCCGGUCCCCUCACUUUUAAUUAAAGUUUCCUGUUUUAUUAAUUAUAAAUCCUAGUGCAAAUAAAGUAGCACUGUUUUAACAUAUAUAGCAGAGGCAUUCCUUUCCUACUGCAUGACAGAUAAGAAAACAACAGUUCAUAGAUCAGCACACCUUAGAGUUGCCAAAUUUGUAAUCCCCCCCCUGUAUGUAUUAAAUUUUACAUCCAACCCCCUAUCCCUUGUUGUCAUUUUCUCCUACGCCCCCAUCUAAUUUUCCAACCCAUCCCCCCCUUCAGGUAAUUAUCCCUUAGUGCUUGAAAGUAUCUCUCAUUGCUAGAUAGGACUUUGCAGAAUUUCAUUGGUUUUAUGGUCUAUCAAAUUCUCAUGGACAAUCGAUAUUUUCCCGAUACAGCUAUAUCUCAAACAUACAGUCAACAUAUGAAAGGACUGGACUUUGAUGGUCCCUCGAGAAAAAAAAACCUCCGGUCCUAAGGUGCCGGGGGUGGGCGCCCGUGACAAUGCGAGCUCGCGUGAACCCUAAAGAUUAAAUAAACAACAAUUACGUGGGUUUGCUACGUGAUAUUCUGAUCAACUUUUCACAUCGCCUGUUUACUUUGGUAAGGCAGUUGUCUUGGGGUUCAUUGAUCCUCAAUAGAUAUCGCGUCCCAGUAUUCACUAAGUGAACCAACGAUUACAUUGUCAUAUGUACCUGUCACUGCAUUACUACUCGAAUAUUACGCGAUCAAUAUAGCUUUUAUUCAAAUUUCUCUAUUGCAAAAUUUCGUUUGCUUUAUUUUGCCUACAAGCAAUAAAAAAGUUAUAACUUAAGUAUGUUUUUUUGCACGUGUUCUUUAAAAAUCGCAUUACCCUAAGUAAUGAGAUUAUAAAGAUUUAGUCAUGAUAUUGUAAUAUUUUGUCGGCUUCCCUCCACCAUUAGAUCAUUUCCUUUUACUAAUUCCAGUGGACGAAAAAAAAUUAAGCUGUUCUUUUUUGAAGAAGAAUACUUGAAGUCACAAAAGAAGUGUUCACCAAUAAAAUCAAAAUAUCUUUUGUUCAUUUCCGGAAACCCCACCAAAUUAGGCUUGCAAAAAAUUGUUCAGGACUUAAUGGAUUUAGUGACCCUUCAUGACUUUUAUUUGCGGAUGAAGACGUAAUUUCCUUUAAUUUCAAUAAAGCUAGUUUUCUCAGUGACUUAUCACUGUUUUCGAGCGAAAGGGCCUCUGCUGCUAAGCUUUCCAAAACGACUGCGGCCCGAUUGCUUUUUUUCGGUGUCCUGUGCGGAUCCCUCGGGUCACACUCGACGGGGAACCGAUUGUUUUCACUUUGAAUAUGGCGGACGAUUUGGUUGCACAGAACGAAAUAACAUGAGUGAGUUUGGAGCAAGCUUGCGAUUGAAAUAUGUUCGUUGGUCAAUACUACAAUCAUUAUUCAAGAUACGAAGAUGAGUCGUCUGAAGAGGAAUGCGAGCACUGUUCGAGACAAGACCUGUAUUUUCGCGAACCAGUGUAAGCUGCUGUCAACAUUAAGAUAUUUUUACCUGCAAAGAUGAAUUAUUAUUCGUGCGACUCUUUAGUUCUGUAUCUUAGUCGUUGUAUGCAAUUUUAUUUCAAACUUCCAAUGACAUAUUGGUCUGGUUUUUAGUUUGUUGCGAUUGACAGUAUUUUCUAGGGAAAGCAAUUGGUUUUCAUAUGCAACGAUUGUAUUUCGAUGGAAUCGCUUAGUAUCAGCAUGCAGUAACUGUCGUCGCUCUGGCGUAGGAAUGAAUGUUCUGUUAUUUUAAUUUCGUUAUAAUUUGUUCUCAUUCCAUCGGUGGAAUCAAAACAUAAUUAAAAAGGCAUCAUCAUUAGCACUAAGCUCAUGAAACUAAAUUACAAAUUAAGUUUAUCUCACUUUGUCCUGCCGUUCUGCAAAAGGUCAGUCCUGGGUAAUGUUUGCAAAACUCUCGUGUCUUUGCUACUGUAGUUAUUAAAUAAACCAAACAGAUUUUUACACAACAACGUAAGAGCGCUAAUGACUUCUGAUAACGAUCCACAGGGCUUGUUUUUAUGCCUGUAGCGUGAAAUUUAUGUAGAUUUCAAGUGGUUUAUAAAGUCCUCUCUCGCAACAUUUAACUUGACCUGGUUUUUCCGUUUCAGAUACGAGGAACCGCCAUGGGCCGAUCAUAUUAAGGAGAAAGGAGAUGUAUUCUACAUCGAACCUUUCAAAGAACCAUCACCAAACGAUGUCUUGGACUCAAUGGAACAACUGAACAUUUCUGACAACGGCUUUGAAGAUGCCCGGGAGAAAGGGAAGCUUAGAGGUUUGAACUCGGUGAAGAAAAUAUUUCCCGGGUUGAAGCGGGACAAAUCCGACGAUAAAGGCAAUAAUGAAAAGAAUUUGAAACAUUCGAGUUCUUAUGGAGUCGUGGAGGGAAUAAAUAGUCUCAACAGGUUGACUGGGCGCUUUUUCACGAAAGAAGUACAACUGAUUGUAACUCCUCGAAAGGCUCACUCUGGAUCAAAGAAUGACUUUGAAACGUUGCUUGGUAUCAUUCCUGGGAGAGAUAAAGCUGGAAAACUGUCUCAGACUGAUAGCUAUUCAGGAUCAAGGCUCUAUAUCAAGGGUUUUGUUCCUGAUGGGCCUGCUUUGCGCAGUGGAGAUUUGAGAAUAGGUAUGCAUGCUUAGAUCAUAAUUAUAUUUUCAAGGGAAACCUUGAGUAUGGUUAUGUAACUUUUGAGUUGUCACACAACACAUGUAUUGUGAUGUGAGUUUGUGGGCAGUUAUACCUGGAAACUCUCACGGGUUUGUGUGAGUCUCAUGCCUGCAGACUAAAGACAUCGAUCUCACCCCUAACUCAGAAAUCUAGUGGGCGAAUUGUUCUUUAUCAAAUGACAAAUAAUGAAAAAAUUGAAUUCAAUUUUCCUGAAAACAUUCUAAAAAAGGCACUUAAGGGUCCUAACUGUAUCACAAAACGCUUAAACUGUUGCCUUUUAAAUACUAUCGGAAAUGCUGAAAGUUCGUCGGAACAUCUUUGGACAUUUUCGACAUUUGAAAAUCUUGAGUAAAUUGUUGGAAAUCUUCCGUAGUCCCAGGGACAUUUUCAGAAAUCGUGGCUCUGACAAGACAAAAAUUUCAUGCAUUCAACUCAGAAACAGUUGGCAGAUACACAUUUAUUGCUCAUGGACAUUAAUGUACGUUUAAUUAGCAGAAGUUUUGAUAAUAUAUGUCAUUACUACACUUUUUAUCUUUCAGGUGAUGUCCUUCUUUCAUUAAAUAAACUGGAUCUUAACUCUAGCAAUGUUCAUACAAUUCUUGCUGCCAUCACGGGCCCAAUGGAGGUAACGUAUACAUGUAUCUGCAUAAGUUAUACAGAAAUCUCUUUGAUGGUUCAAUUUUCUCCUUGUUUGAAAUUCUAUUCUCCUUUGUUUCAAAAAUCCCCGAGUUUUGAAAACCCUCACUUUCAACGUAACGCAAAGUGCAAACUAACCUUUCUUGUGGAAAUAACUUUAAUUUAGAAAUUUUUAAGGUUCAGAAAUUCAGCAUGGGAUUUUUUGGGGGGUUAAUUUUUGGUCCAGGGACUUUUUGGGGUUUUGUUGGAAGCCCUAGGGAUUUUCUUGUCGGGUUUUAUUUUUGCUCCCAUUUGAUCAUCCCGGUCGCUUGAAAUCUGAAGUACAUCCCCUGGGAAAUCCCUGCCCCCUGGCCCUUAGUGACAUAUCUGCACUUUGCAGUAAAGCUUAUCAGUAGGCCCUCUGUCAUUAUGCAAAUGAUGCAAUUUCACAGAGGUGAUCUCAACUAGCAUCCAGUGGUGUAAUCCACCAGAAAUCUUAUCAGUAUUGAGAAAAUGUACAAAUUUAACCAGUGGUUUAGAAUACAGUUACGUCAAAAAAUGUAAACAGAAAGAAACUAUUUCAGUCUGUGUUUAAAAAUCGUCAUGUUAAAAAUAUUUAGCUUUUAAUUAUUUGUACCAGUCUCUCAAAAUAAGUUAUGGCACUGAGAGUUUUUUAGAUGUAGAGUCUUUAGCUCAGCUUUGAUAAAAAUGCUUAUUUCUGGGUCUUGCAGUCUCCCCUAGCCUCAAAUUUACCAUUCUACAGUGUAUACCCCUUUACAUGUAAAUGCAAAUUUAAGGUUAUUCUGCAUCUCUUUCUCAAUGGGGGAAAUAGAGUCUGUCAACGCCAAAUAUCUAAGCCAAUUCAGUUGUCGAUGUACCUUCUCUGUUAAAUGACAGACUUAAAAAAUAACCUUUACAAAAAUUCUUUCAGAUUACUUUGAAAAUACAAAGACUUGUCCAGCCGAAGAUAUCCUCACCAGUCAUACGUCACCAGACCCCACCCAAGAAUGACAGUCACCUCAUCAAGUUGAUAAGUGGAGAGGCACCAGCACCUUCCAAACCUGAUCUCAAGAGCAUUACUCAUGUUGCAUUGUAUUUGACAAUCACCUCCAGUGAAGAAGAUAAUGAACCAGACCAGGUAUGGCAUACAUGUGUAUGUUGCAGGUAAAAUUUGUCAUUCUUAGGUUGAAUCAGUAUUCAAGCUAGUUUGAUUCAGAAUUGUCUUUGUUUCCAAGUUUUUUAUAUAUUGAAGACAAACCAAAUUCUGGUUUUGGCAAGACAAGACAAGAAACAACUUAAUUUACUUUCUAUACUACACACAGAAAAAAAGGGAGAUUAUACCGAGGUGAUUGUUGUGUCCUAUUUUCACACAGAAUAGUAAAAUAAAAUUUAUUUCCUAUUUUUCUUGAUGUUGCUGUGUUUAAUUUUAGGACAUUCUAUACCAGUUCCCAAAAUCAGAGGCAGCUUCAAAAUUAGUUGCUCUAAGGGGAAUGUUUUUGACGCUGAGUGACCUUAUGUCAUCAGUAACUGGUACCUCAGCAAACAGGUCAGUCUGUUUAAAAUUAUGAUUUUAAAAAUACUGUACUUGAAUUGAAUACUUAAAUUGUACUUAAACAAUCCUUUGGAUAAUUUUAGUGUGGUUUAAUUGGUCUGAUUUUUGCUGCUUUGACCUGGUGGUGCAGUUGAAUAAUAUAUCCUCUAUAAAUGGACACUACUAUAACAGAAUCAAGCAUCUGUUCCUCAUGUACGGUUAUACUGGUGGGCAAGUGUCUUUGUCUUUAUCUAUGAAUAAAAAUUAUUCAUGUUACAUUCCCUUAUGAGACACAGACUUUGCAACUCCUCUGCCAAAACUUUGCUCACACUGACAAUCCCACUAGCUAUGUGGGCUAUGGUUCUUAUGACUGAGAUCAACAGUAUACAUGUAUUGACAUGAAAAUUGGUCUGCUCUACUUUCUCAGCUCUACACUGGUGCUGGACAAGAAACUUGUUCACGUUGUGUAUUCCAAGGUGGACAGAGAUGUGUUGGUCAUUGCCAUGCCUUCAGAAAGGUAUUUUGUUACUUUGUUAUUUACUCCAGUUUAAACUGACUGUCAUUUUAUGCUAAUAAUACUAUUGAUUACUUUUCAGGUUGCCUCUGGUGUAUCUGCAGAACUUAGUUGCUGACAUCACUAAGAUUUUAUCACUUUCAUUUGGAUCAAUUAAAAGGUACAGGGAGGGGGGCAUGAAAAUUGUUUUUGUCAGAAGGCGCCUUUUUUUGUCCAUUGAACAACUCCAGGCAGCAACUGAAGGUGUCUUUUUAGCAACUGCAUUUUGCAAGUACUGCAACAUACAUACAGUGACAACAGCAGAGCUCUUUACCUUGAUCCUUAAUGUUUGAUUGAUUCUUACGCCAUUGUAUCAUUGUUGUACAGGGCAUUCUCUGACAAGAUAAACAAAACAUGGCUGGACCACCUUUUCUCCCUGUUGUUUGAGAAAGCUCUAAGAAAGCCUCCUGGUGCAGCAGAUAAAGAUGGCCAAAAUGUGACUUUACCAGAUAUUUUUCCUGGUGUCCAGUGGCUGAAUCUACCUUUAACUACAGAGGUAAGCUUGUGGCUGAGCACCCAGUUACUAAAUGAAAGCAUAUUGUUCAAUUAUUUGGGUCAGUCUGUCCUCAUGAGUUAUAAUAACAUUUCUUGUUUUUUAUGAAAAUUCUCUACUUAAAAAGGAAAGAGCACACUGUUAAUGUUAACAGUGGAAGAGAACGGUUCUUGAAUUCAUAUUGAGUGUUUAAUUGUUAUCUUUUUUUUUUACUGAUAUACAUGUAGAGUAUGUAUCAUGCUGACAGGGCUGUGCUCCAGCGUCACCCAAGGCCCCUGGCACCUUAUUUUUGAUAUUGGGCAACUAGGAAUUCUUAGUUUUUGUAUAGAAGUCAUAUGCAUUCUUUAAUAAUGCAGUCAGUUCAUAGCAUUCCUUUUAAUAUAUUUUGUUUGUAUGCUGUAUUUAGGUGGAUGUUCAUUGCUGCCUCAGUGAAUUGGAAGCGGCUGAUUAUGGAGAAUUUGUAAGUUGGUUCUAUCCCGUGACAGUGAUUCCUUCAAGUUUUCCAUCCUAUAGAAAAAAAAAACAUAAACAAUUCUAAGGUGGAAACCUCAACCGAAGUGAUUGCACUUGAUCCAAUAAGAACAUCAAGUGAACAAGUUAAAGCCAACUUACAUUUGAGGGGUUCUGUAGUUUGUCUUUACUACUACAUUUUUUCUUUCAUUUCCCUUCAGGCAGAUGACUAUUUUCAAAUUAGAAGAUUGUAUACAAUUUUAGGAUCUAGCAUAUUUUAUAAGGUAUGGAUUAAUAAUUUUUCUCCGACAUUCUGUGAAUAAUCUGUUCCUAUUGCCUGUAUAAAAAUCUUAUGCACUAUGAAUUUACUGUAGAAAAUAACAACAAUAAGUGGGGUUCUUGAGUUUGUGAAUGUCGGCAGCAAAAAUUUGUCCUCAUGAUACUAGAAAUUAUGCACAACUGAUCUGCUAAAUAUUUUAUUUGAGCUGGUUUCCAUGAUUAAAAUCAACUAAAAGCGUUGUUGUUUGAGUAUAUUUUUAAAUAAAUUUCCCAUUUUUACCACUUUGCAGGGAUAUUUAGUUGCUAAUCAUUUACCAAGAGAAGAUUUAGAAGAUGUUGUAUUAUAUUGUAAAUAUCACUGUUUACUGGCCAUGAGUGCAGAGCAGCGUGUUGGACAACUUGUCAUCUGGAGAGAGGUAGGUUGUUUCAUUUUCAUUCUUAUUUUUAUUGAUUUAUUUAUUGAUUAAUUUUCCUUUUCUUUCUUUUUUCAUCUUUGCUCAAUUAAGCUAAAUUACCGGCUUUUUAAGUAUAUAUUAUUGAUUCACAGUGCAGUCUAACCCUAUUAUGUGGUUCCUUUCACAGUCACCCCACUGUAUGGUCUUGUCAGAUUUUGUUAGUCACUGUAAACAGAACCUUUUUAAAAGUGGCCACUUGUCCCUCAUCUGAGGGUGGUUGCUUGGUAGGGGUCCAACUGUAUAUCCUUGGUUUUCACCCCUACACAUAUUUAUGUAGGUGCAAAAGCAAGAAGAUCACAACCUCGUUCCAAGGUUCUCUGUCCUACUGGACGGGUAGGAGAGAACUCUGAGAACAAAGUUGGGAAGAUCACUCUGAUUGCUCACUAGGGCUCAAAACUAAGUCCUGUCUGGUUGUCUGGGACAGGUAGUUUUUCUUACUGGGCAACAAAACUUUUAAUUUGCUCACUUGCCUGAUGGGCAAGGAUCCAGGCAAGUCAUUCCCUAACAAAAUCAUAAGCUAAGACAAGCAAGUAGCUGCCCUUGGCAAACAAACGUGAGUGCUUGGCCUAAGGACGCGGUGCUAGAAUUCAAGUUUUGUGGUUGUUGUUUUUCGAGCGCUGUUCACAUUACUUGAAAAUAAAUUGUCUCCAGGUUUUUCCAACAAGAAGAAGUUCUAAGAGCAGAAGAGAAGAGGACAAAGAGUAUCGUGAACCUUCAGCAAGAUAUUUCUUGCUCAUAGUAGGCAUGGUAAGACACGCCUAUAGUGAUUUAUGUAGUAUUAGUUGAAGAAAAGAGGUAAAAGGGAGGGUGGUGGUAUACAGGGGGAGUUUUCAGGCUAAGAGAUAACAUGUAGGAACAUUUCCAAGAGCACUGACAAUUUACAGGUGGUGUCUUGGUUGAAUACCAGCUAAGGGUGCUGUUAUAAGAAUUUGGCUACUAUUGUUGUGUGGAUUUCUUUUUUAAACUUAAACUGCUCCCUGUUUUGUCUUGUUUUUCACUUUGGUGAUUGUGAGUAUUGUCUUAAACUGAUGCCUCCUUCAGCAAUCUGAUGCCUACUGAUUCUGAGAUUUACUGAAGCAUCUCUCAACCAGCAGACCUGCCUAAGUGUACAAAAAUAAAUGUAUAUAGAAGUAUUGCUUUGUAGCCCUGACCUAAAGUAAAGGGACUUUUUAUCUAUAAUAUUAUUUCUAUUCUUAUCGCAGUAACAAAGUUAAAUAUAGAGAAAACCACAUUAAUUUUGAUAAAUUAGGAUUAUGAAUAAACUAUUACAUUUUUUGUUUAGAAACAUUGGCUUAUGUGUGUCCUAUUAGAGGCGGGAGGUAUCUCAAAACGGUAAGCAUACUGAGGAAGUUACAUGUAUUGAAUGGCAAGUAACUUUACUACAUGUAUCAUAAUUUUGUCUUUAGUGUUUUAGAGACAAUAUUUUAUGCAUUUAGAGAGACCCUUGUCCAGAGGCACUUGGUCAUUAGACCGUGACAUGUAUAUUGUAUUCAACUUUUACACAUUUUACCUUAGACCAAUUUUGUAUAUAUUUAUAGCGCUACGUGAAAUAUUUACUCAUCCCUGUUGAUGCCGUUGAUCGGCAAAAGUUUGGAUUUUUAUUUUUUUUAAAACGGACAGUAGUUUAAGGCCUCAUAUGAACAUUUUAGUUUUUUAUUAUUAUUAUUAUUUUGUCUUUAGUGUUAUGCUCGAAGCCUUCACUUGACUUCGUGUACUUUCUCAGCUAUAACUCUGUCGCAUUGUAAAUAAGUUAUGGUAAAAUUUACAUGCAUUUCAUUCCUUUUGUUGAUUCUAUAUUAUGUUAUAUUUAUAUUUAUAUAUUUAUUUAUUUAUUAUGAAGGGCUGAGGGCCACCCUCCACCGAAUACUUACUAUGUGGAUCAAGUCAAAAACACUUUGCAUCAAAUUGAAUCCAUGGACAUUCCCUCUGUUUGUGAAGCAAGGUACAGUGCAUAAUUAAACGUAGAUACAGCUUUUACGUUCUAUGUACAGAAUUUACAGUGAUAAAAACGCUAGGUUUUAUUGUCAGAGCAGAUAUUUUCAGUUAAGUUGUUUAAGUGGAAAACUUUCGCGAAGCCUCGAUAGAAAUUUCUGUCAGCCAACUCGUGGUCGUGCUUGCUGUUUAAGUUAGUGACAGACUUAAGCUGCUAACUAUAAUUAAUUAAAAAUUCAAUGUGCAAAACCGAACAUUUCAAAAAGAUUUUCACAGCGAUGUGACUUCAAGCCCACGGCUUUCAUAUCGUGAUCAAAAUAGUUGAAUAUUAGUGUGCUCCUUUGCUGACCUUUUCCUGUUUUUGAGUGGUAUACCGUGAAAUAUCGUGCGUUCUGGUAGCCCAAGAAAACUACAUUUAAGGAGUUAAAUACAACCCACGGAAUCAGAAUUCGACACGGAUAUACAGCCCUCUGCCCGUUUCUUCAUUCGCGGCAUGGAGUGCUAACCUUAGGAUUGGACGGAACAUGUACUAGGAUUACUUGCUAUACCUUCGCAAGUUAUUCGUUACCUAUUGCUUUGUUGUACAUAUACUACUAUUUUUUUUCAGUUUACGGAGCCCUCGCCAUCCUCCACUGGCCUCAGCUGACGCCCUGCUUAUAAGUCCCCCAACGACAAUGCUACAGAAGUCGUCUUCAAGCUUUGGUGGCUCCGACACUCCCAGCUCACAGAAAAAGCACGGCAGUUUAGAUAACUUGAGACUACAAGGUACUUGUACUCUUACGUAGUGACGUUCGCUUAACAGUUAGCAGUUUGUCAGUGAACUAAUCCGCUAGGCAUUAGGAAGUCAUUUACAUGUUGUCAAUCAGUCAAUAAGUUUUUUUGAAUUUUGCGCAAGGCAUCAGUCAGUUAGCCUUUCAGUUUGUUUUCCAGUCCAGUCAAUGUUAGCCAGUCCCUUAGCCAGGUAGCCAUUAAGCCAGUUAUUGAGUCGGUAAGUCUGCCAAUCACUCUGCAAAACAAUCACCCAGUCAGUCAGUCAGUCACAGAAGUAUAACACUCACAUCAGUCGGUCGGUCAAGUUAAAACGUUUAAUUGUCCGCCUUAUCGAAAGAGAUUUGAAAGCUUCCGUUUCAAUUGAUAGCUCUUCGCCAAUCAGUCGAUCAUUCUGUUUGGAACCACCCAUUCAGUCAAGGAGUGAGCCAACAGUUAGUAAUUCAUUCAUUCAGUCAUUCAAUCAAUUAAUCAGUUAGUCAGAUAAUUGAAAGUCCAACCAGAGACUCAUUUGUGGUUAUUUAAAACAGUGUUACACCAAAUCAAAUAAGCUCCUUGUCUUCUCACAUUAUCGCUUUUCAGAUGAAGUAGAUUCUAAUGAUAGUGGGAGUAUACCCUCGGUACUUCGCCGCACAGGAUCCGAUAGUUCUGGAAGUCUGGGCAGCUUCGGAGCCAAAGGUAAACUGAGAUCGUUGCGGUCCCAGUUUUCCCUCAACUCUGCAGGAACGUUCAGAAAGAGUUUACCUGAAAAUAUGCCGGAUUUGUCUCAAGUGGUCACAGGAAAGUAAGUAUAACCGUCAAAGUUAGGAUGUUAAGGGCCUUGAGGCCAAUGAAAACGCCGCUGAAACAUUGACUUCAAACUUUUUCGCUAUAAUACCAUGUCAUCCAGUUAGGAGAGCCGAGAAGGUACCCCGUCCGAGUAUUGCAUUUGUCGUUACCUUUUUCAAGUCAAUGAAGUUAGUUUUCGUUAGCUGGGCGAAGUUAGUUUUUAUGAUGCAUGUGCAGAGCUUUCGUUUUGCUAACUAAGACCCCGUUAACACGGGUCUGGAAAAAUUUUUAAACGGAAAAAAAAAUUGCACUGAUUUGCCUUACGUUUACAAGGGACCUGCGAGACCUUGCGUGAGUUUUUGAAGGGCAAACAGUGCUGCAAUCUGUAGCGGAAUUUGCACGGUUCCUUGUAGACGGCUUGCACGGGAAAAAAUUUGUCCAUUGAAACAUUUGUCGAGACCCGUGUAAAUGGGGUCUAAACCAAUUGUGUUUUCGACGUUCCCGCUGCCGUCGCCGUCGCCGUCGUGGUUUCAUACUGAGGUUCCCAAUAAAUAGAGCGAUUUUCGUAUGACCUUGAUAUGAAAAUGUCCGAACAAACAGAAGCGAACAAACGAACGGAAAUAGAGCGAUUUGAUUGGUUUAUUAAACGGAUAUAAACGGGCGUCGAGUUUGUUUGACUAAGCGAACGCUCGGGUAAAAAACACUUCAUGCCCGAGAACUUUCUAGAAAUCAACUGAGCCGAUACUUUGCUUUGACGUCACACUGCAACACGAUUGGUCAAUCGAACAAUGCCUUCUCCAUAUUAGGGUUUUCUUUGGCGGGAUAACAAGGAGGCCAUGGUUUGAUCUUUCCAUCCAUUGGCUGAUAAAACAAAUAACGAACACUCACCGAAAUUAUUUUUCAAGGUUAUACGAGAAUCGCUCUAGCUUGGCUGAUUUCUGUUCUGACAUUUCACCCACAAUAUUAUUUUAAACAGCAAAAUAGUAUUCAUGUACACCCUUUCUCAGUUUGUGUGAGUUUAGGUUGUGGUUUUGUUGCGGUCCACGUUUAUCCGUGACUUUUUGGUGUAUUAUUUUUGCUUCCAUAAUUAUUAUAAUUUAAGUGAAAAAACUUAAACUACAACAAACACACGACCAUAGUUGACUGUGUUUUCUGUCAUGCUAGGUUGACUGCUGGUAUAGAUAACACCUUGUUUCAUUAUGUGAGCUGGGAUUCAUUUCAUGGCAUUGUAGUCUGUCCGAAUGAUGGCGAUGCGCCCACUACGGGAGGACUGGUACAUGCAGAGGUGGUGAACACGUUCCAGAAAACCUGUCUCUCCAUGCGUAGAUUAUUUUCUCCUUAUUACAAGCAGGUAUGUCGAAAAACCAUUUUACAAUAACUGAGUAAUUUCUCGUUCGCUGAUUUGUAGAGAGUUGGAAAUGAGCUCAUGGAGACGCGAUUUGUUUUUUUCUUUCUUAAAGUGGCAGUGUACCUUAUACGAGGUGUUAAUUGAGGAGACUGCUUCCGCUCGUACUGCUGAUUUUGAUUGUAAUAACAGUAAUGCGUAUUUUGCACAAAUAUGCGAAAACUGGAGCCAAAUUCAAGCAAUUAUUGUAAUAUCAUUUUCCCUUCAACAGCGCUUAAAGCAGAAAAAUCCCAACGCACGUUUUACAUGUACCGUAGUGGAGGAUGUGGUCGAACAUGGCGUGAUGUUCCACCGAAUUCCAGACAACGCAACUGAACAAAAGAAGUCUCCAUCAAUCUUCAAGUAUUGGGUUAUCGGGUACGUUUAGAAAGAUUUCGAACUGUUACGAGGAAAUAGGCAAGCUCUAGGUGGGAGCAGUAAGAGGUUGCCUUUUAGUUUACUUUCUUCGUAUUUCUUUUUAUUGCUAUUUCUUUUUUUCUCUUCUUCUUCUUGUCGUCAUUGUAUAUAUUUGAGGUGUGAAAGAGCCGUCUGUUGCGGCAAGCUGACCAAUAGGCCAUUUGUUGUUGCCCAAGCCUCUGUUUUUAAGCGAGGCUAAGUGCCAAGCCAUCGAUAUGAAAAUGAGUUUUUAUUCUCAUCAAUAAAAACUCAUUUUCCUUAGAAGGUUUUUGCACUUAGCCUCGUUUUGAAAGUGAGAGAUUUUGGAACUCGGAAAUGGCCUAUUGGAGUGUGUUAUUUAAAAUAAUUUCUCGGAAGGGAAGGAAACUGCGCUUGAAAGCAUAUACCAGCACGUUUAACUCAAAUGUGAGUGAUAUUAAAAGCUAAUUCAUAAUACUUUCUUCUGUUGAACCUAGACGGCUUCUACCAGGAGAUCAUCCGCGUGAACUGUACGUGUGUCACCACCAGUCAGUGCCUCAAUCUGUGGUAGAGUUGGCCUUCAAACUGGGUUUUGGAGUUUGACCUCGGGCAAUACCAUCAUGAAUCUUCACCUCCUGUGUAGCCAGAGAACUUCCUCAUCUCUAAAGCUUCCGGCUGCAGUAGUGCAGAAUGCCGAUAAGUGGGUAAAGGAUUUCCGUCGAACAGAUGCACUUCACAAAAUUAUGAAGUGUAAAUGCUGCAGCUAUUAGAAUUAUUAUUUGGAAGCAAGAUUCGCGGUGAACUCAUCGCUUUCAGAAAUGGAAAAGAGCGUUUUUGUUGUUUGAAACGUUGCGAAGAAAAUGUAAUUAUGAAUUAAUGUUUAUUCCCACACUUGAAGUUUUCAAAAGGCCAAAAACAAAAUUUAUGAGGCAAAUCGUUUUGUAAGGUUUUUGAAAAUAGCGGUUCCACAAACUGCUGUCGAGUUUAAAUUUUUAAGGCUACAAAACGAUGCAUUCCUCGCCCAAGAUCAAAUGAAAUAAGUUUCUAUGACUAUGGAACAAUAAGUAUUCAUAUUGCUAAGUCUGACUUUAAUAAAUUCACAUGUCAUAAAAGCAUGGGAUCGGCUUCCUUGGGUAAAGAAAUCUGAUGGUACUGUCUCUUUCUCUGUACUCGUUUAUAAUUGUUAAUAUUUAUAGAAGUCCAGUUUUCAUUGGCUAAAGGUAUGGCUUGUUGCCGCAUAAGCACG